UUUGCCACUUACUGCUACAACGCCCUUGUAUCUUCUUCUCUUAGUUUAUUGUAACUUGAUUAGUAUGUUGAAAUCUUUGUGGAACAGCCUAAGCUUUCAACAGAAAUGUCUCCUCCAUGAGAAAGAGAAUCAAGUUGAUAGUGGCGGGUCGGCGCCGGCCGGUGCAAACUUGGAAGUGCAGUUGGCGGAGAAUUGCAAUAAUUGCGGGGAGGAAAGCAACUUAUGCAAGUGUGAUCAUCAUAUCAAUGUAAAGAGUGUAGCAGCUGGGGGCACCAACUUAGCUGAAGAGCAUGACCAUGAAGCCAAUAGUUCUUUAGCUCAUACAGUCAUUAAUAUGGUCGGGACGCUCAUAGGUCUCGGACAAUUAUCAACUCCUUACGCUGUAGAACAAGGAGGUUGGGGUGCAUCUGCAAUUUUUCUUAUAGGACUUGGGGUGAUAUGCACUUACACUUCUCAUUUACUUGGGAAAUGUCUGAAAAAGAAUCCCAAGUUAAGAGGCUAUGUGGACAUUGGGUAUCAUGCAUUUGGAGCAAAGGGAAGAUUCAUAGUUGCAACAUUCAUCUACAUGGAGACCUUCAUGUCUCUUGUUUCAUACACCAUCUCAUUGCAUGACAACUUAAUGACAGUGUUACAUCUGAAGCUACAUUUGGCUAAAUUAUCUUCACCACAGCUUCUGACUAUUGGCGCUGUGCUGAUUGUUCUGCCUAGUUUGUGGCUCAGAGACCUGUCUUCCAUAUCUUUCCUUUCAAUUCUUGCUGUUCUCAUGACUCUAGUCAUUUUUGUGUCUGUAGCAGCCACUGGAAUUGUUGGAGAUGUCAGGGUUAAUCAUAAAAUAUCCUUCCUCCACCUCCACAACAUUCCAUCAAUAUCUGGCCUUUACAUCUUCAGCUAUGCAGGACACAUUGUUUUCCCUAAUUUACAUAAGGCCAUGAAAGACCCCUCAAAGUUUACCAAGGCUUCUAUUGUGAGCUUCACACUAGUUACAACACUCUACACAAUAUUGGGGUACAUGGGUGCAAAAAUGUUUGGACCGGAAGUCAAUUCCCAAGUAACUCUCAGCAUGCCCCCUAAGCAAAUUGUGACAAAAAUUGCGUUAUGGGCAACCGUUCUGACACCUAUGUCCAAAUAUGCUCUUGCAUUUGCACCAUGCGCUAUUCAGCUGGAGCAUAGACUUCCUAAUUCCAUGAGUGGCCGGACCAAAAUGAUAGUUAGGGGCCUCAUAGGUUCAUCUUUGCUUUUGGUUAUACUAGCCUUAGCUCUAACAGUGCCUUAUUUUGAGCAUGCUCUCAGCCUCACUGGUUCUGUUGUUAGUGUUGCCAUUUGUUUGAUUUUCCCAUGUGCUUUCUACAUGAAGAUUUUUUGGGGCCACAUAACAAAGCCUCUCUUAAUCCUGAACAUGUCUAUCAUCACUUUAGGGUUUCUUCUUGGAGUGAUGGGUACCAUUUCCACCACAAAAUCACUAGUGAAAAUAUUUCUAGCUUCUUAAUCAAACUUGAAAUGAUUCAGCA